AUGGCUAACGGCACCGCUUCGGGUACGCACUCGCCGUCUGCUCCGACUUCCUCGACUUCGGCGCAGGAAGAUGUAAUUACACCUGUGACGCAAAUGUCCACGGGUGAGGGUGCUCAAGUGCCUUCUCCUGGUAUACAGCCUAAUGCAACCGACCACUUCCUUUCCUUCAUCUACCAUUCCUUCCUUACCGCAUCAUUCACUGAUGCGACACUCUACCUCUCCUCCCUCCCCAAACCAUACCAUCUCCACUCCCUCUUCGCAUCCCGCUCUCCCCUCCUCCUCCACCUCCUCUCCCAACAACCCGCACCACCGUACCACAUCCACCUCCCCGUCGCCGACCGAAACCUCACACAAGAAACGGUAGGGUUCGCAUUGUCGACACUCUACACCCCGACCGCAGAAGCACGAGGUAUCCCUGACGGCUUGGAUCCUCGAGGAGUAUUGGCUGCUGCGGCACUGCUCGGGUUACCUGGGUUGGCGGCAGAGGCGUACAAGGCGUUGACGGCGACGGUGAAUGCGGAGUCUUUGUCGGAGUUGCUGAGGUUUGCGUUGGAUGGGUCGCAGCCUGCGCCGGGGACGCCGUCGAGUACGAGUUCUGGACCUUCUUCCGGGGCGGAGACGGAUGUGUUGGCAUAUGCGGGUCCGUACCCGCCGUAUACCACGCCUCUUCUUCCAUUGCUGUUGGAGACCAUGACGACGUUGCCUACGACCACGCUACAGACGCUUCUUCCUGCCCUACCAUUCGCGAUUGUGAAGAAGGUUUUGGAGAGUCCGGCGCUUUCUGUUGGUGGUGAGAUGGCACGGUACAAUUUCGCUAAGGACGUCGUCGCGCGACGAAAGCCGGUUGUUGCGCAGGAAGGUGGUGCAUGGGAGGAGAGUGUUGUCUUGGCAUUUGGUGGAGGAUCUGGUGGUGUUGAAGUUGUGAGGAGGCAGAAGGGCCGUGGAAAGGCGUUCACGAGGUACGGACCGAGGUGA